AUGGCUAAGUUGCACACAGGCAUCUCACUAAUCCAAGAACCAUGGUUAGUAAGAGGUGUCAUUAGGGGGCUUGGUGGGGUUGGUCUAGUUUGUUACAGGGACUGCAGAGCUGCCAAACCCAGAGCGUGCAUUCUUACUAAGGGUGUCAACGCAACUCCACUAUUGGAUCUGUGUUCAGGGGACCUAAUGGUGGUGGUAACUAACCUGGAGGGUAUAGGUAAGACGGUCGUAGGAUCGGCAUAUUUUCCAUAUGAUAAUAAAAAUAAUCCGCCAAUUGAAGUUCGUAGGUUGGUGGACUACUGUAUGGAAAAGGGACUUCCUCUGCUGCUGGGCUGCGAUGCAAACUCACAACAUACGGUGUGGGGGAGCUCAAAGGACAACCAGAGAGGACAGGAGCUACUGGAAUAUCUAAUCGGAACGAAUCUAGAUAUUCUCAACACGGGUUCGACCCCGACUUUUAGCAAUGCGAUUAGGCAGGAAGUGAUUGAUAUCACUCUCUGCUCCAAAAGCAUUGGAAAUAAGUCUGCGGUCCGAUCCGAAACUAAGUGGAUUCGUAAUCCCAGAAGGACGAAUUGGGCUAGUUAUAUCUCAGAACUUCGAAGGACACUUUCUGGUUUACCGGGUAAGAUAAGAGAUUAUCAGACCCUGGAUGAGGCGGCCAAUGAUUUUACAAAGGCUAUUAAGGCAGCUUAUGAAAGUAGCUGCAAACCGACAAAAGUAUUCUCGGGAAAAGAGGUGUGCUGGUGGAACGAGAGAUUAGAACAUCUCAGGAGAGAAACCAGGAAACUCUUUAAGCGUGCCAAGAAAAGGCGCACGACUAAUGGUUGGUCUGAUUUUACGAAAAUGAGAGACGAAUAUAGGUAUGAAGUAAGGAAAGCAAAACAAGACAGUUGGAAUGCUUUCUGCUCUAGCAUCGAAAAAGGGAAAGAGGCGGCCAGAUUGGAUAAGCUGCUCGCUAAGAACCCUGAUGCAAUUCUGGGCACUUUAAUGUUGCCGGACGGGAAUUUCUCUGAGUCGGACGAUGGAACCUUGGCUUGCCUGGUCCAGGAACACUUCCCGGGCUUUUCGAGGUCUGGGGAGGGCGGAUCCGAUCCUGAGCCGCCAACAAACCUUCCGCAGGCUGAUUACCGGUCUCGGAGGCAGUUGGCUAACAGGAUUGUGACUGCCGAGAGGAUCAGAUGGGCCACGGAAUCUUUCAGCCCUUACAAGUCUCCGGGUCCUGAUGGCGUCUACCCUGUCCUCUUGCAAAGAGCGAUAGAUGAGGCUGUUGGACCAUUGGUAAGACUUGCUAGGGCGAGUCUGACUCUGGGAUAUGUCCCAGUAGCUGAGAUUUUGGAGCGGUUCCCGCUACAAAAGGAUCAAUAUGCGUAUAGAGCGGGAUGCUCUACGGAAACAGCUCUGGCUAGAGCAGUAGACCUAAUUGAUGGGCAACUGCAGAAUCAGGGCUUUGCUGUGGGUGUUUUUAUGGACAUAGAAGGAGCUUUUAGUCAGGCCUCUCCGGAAUCCAUAAAAAGAGCUAUGACAGCUUUUAAUAUUCCUACAGGAGUGGUUGAUUGA